GCCAACCACCCAAUACUAUUACCAGUCAUUGGCCUUGAGUUUCAGUCCGAAGCCAUGGCGGGCGCUCUAGAAGAUGCCAACAAGCCUACUGCUCCACGGAGCCUUACAGACGCCAUCUGCAUCCAAAUCGGCCAAGGACCUAAUUCUACUCCACAGAGCCUUACAGACGCCAUCCGCACCCAAAUCAACCAAGGCCCUAAUUUUACUCAGAGCCUCAAAUGCAUCUCUUCUGCUCGAAUUUACAGAGUUCCCGAAGAUCUUCGCAACCUCAAGCAAAGUGCCUAUGCCCCUCGCUUCGUCUCCGUCGGUCCUCUUCACAGCCAUGACCAACACCUCAAAAACUCAAGCCUCAACAUGACCAAGAUCAAUUGCGUCACAUCACUCAUUUACAGGGCCGUCAAAUCCCGUGAGGAAGCAAAGAAACUACUGAAACAGUGUCUGACAAAGAUGGAGGAGUGCAUCAACGAAGCUAAGAAGUACUACCCACAAGAAGAAGCUGCGGCGGCGCUGAACGAGGAGAUGCUUUUGGUGGAUGGCUGUUUAAUUCUGGAGUUGCUAUACAGGCAUUACGAUAUUGUUCAGAAGAAGACAAAGGGCAAUGAGCUUCUCGAUCUCGGCAUAGACAGCGCCUUGACUUACCACACUGUACAGCGGGACUUAUUGUUGCUUGAGAACCAGCUUCCUUUCUUUGUUCUCCUCGAACUCUUCCGUCUCACGGGGGCUAAAGCCGCUGCCGCGAGCAGCGUGACCCUGGUUGAUUACGUACUAACAUUUUUUUGUGAUCUGUUGAAUUUGCAAAUCAUCCCAGAUAAAGCAAAAGAAGAUGGCGACACGUUUCACAUCCUCCAUCUUCUUCAGAAGCACUACCUUCCGGUAGAUCUGCCACAGCCCAAGACUCGCUGCCAAUUCAUUCAAUCUGCUACAGACCUCGACUACGCCGGUGUCAAGUUUGAGUCCCACAAAGCCGAUCUCAAGUUUGAGCCCAACAAAGCCAUAAGCCCAUUCCAGGUCAAAUUCGAAGACCCAUCCGGACUGAAACGGUGGUGGUUUUCCAGAGCUUCCUUCAAAAUACCGACGUUGCACAUCAACGACUCGACGGAGCUGUUCUUGAGAAACCUCAUCGCCUUCGAGCAGUGCUGCCCCUUCAUUGACAGCUACGUUACGUCGUACGCGUUCGUCAUGGACAGGCUGAUCAACACCGCCAAGGACGUGGAUGUGCUCCAAAAAGCUGGGAUUAUAUGCAACUAUUUAGGGUCCCAUAAAGACGCUUCUGAUCUGUUCAAUAAACUAUGCUCCGAAGUUGCAAUAGAGCAUUUCUACUUCGCCGACACGUGCGAGCAGGCCGCCGAGUACAGCAGCCGGUUUUGGCCGCAUGCGGUGGCUCAUCUACGGCGGAACAAUUUUUCGACUCCGUGGGCAUACAUCGCUUUCUGCGUUGCUUUCAUCCUUUUCUUCUCGUCUCUCGUAGCAGCCAUCCGCAACCUCAGAGAAAUGACAAAGUAGAAGGAUUUGGAGAAGCUCUUCUGCCAUGCCAGAAACAGCCCAAGCAAGCAGGGAAACGACAUUCUGGUGCUCUUGAGAAUUGACAAGUUUAGCUACGUGUUCUUGUAUCAAUGUUCGUGGCUAUGUGAAAAUUGUAACAUUACCAGGCUUAUAAUAUUUUGGGCAAAGGUCAAUUUGGUCUCCGUAUCAGUUUAGUAUAUUAAUUUUUUAAUUAGUUCGGUACUUAAAAGUUUAAAAUUAUGUAAGCUUAGUACUUGUAUUCAGUGAA